CUUCAACAUGGCUGACAAAGGUACGUUUUAGAGCUCAACUCCUCUUGCUCUCAAGACCAGAAAGUCCAUCCGCCAUCAACAGGUCCCACUAAUCAACUGACCGAACAAUGUCAGACGUAACAGAGCUCACCCGCGCCGAGGAGGCCGCUGCCCGCGCCAAGGAACAAGCCGAGCAGGAGGCUCUCCCCUACAAGUGGACUCAGACGAUUGGCGACGUCGACAUCACCAUCCUCGUCCCCGGUAACCUAAAGGGCAAAGAUAUGGUGGUUGAGAUAAGGAAGCAGUCUCUGACGGCUGGUAUUAAGGGUCAAGAGCCCGUCAUCAAGGGCGACCUCCCCCACCCGAUCCUCCUCGAUGAUUCAACUUGGACGCUGUCCCCCGCUCCCGCCGGUCAAAAGGCCCUGGAGAUCCAUCUCGAAAAGCACAACAAGCUCGAAUGGUGGCCGCACGUAGUCACCAGCGCCCCGAAAAUCGAUGUGAGCAAGAUCGUCCCCGAGAACAGCAAGCUGUCCGACCUCGAGGGCGAGACGCGGGCAAUGGUGGAGAAGAUGAUGUACGACCAAAGACAAAAGGAGAUGGGGUUGCCGACGAGCGAUGAGCAGAAGAAGAUGGAUAUCUUGAAAAAGUUCCAGGAGCAGCAUCCGGAGAUGGAUUUUAGUAAUGCGAAAAUUCAGUAGGUGAGCGAAAGGAGGAAAGGGGGAGGGCAAUUGGAGAUACUGAGAGGAUUUGGGGGGAGAGGAGAAGUAAAAGGUGAUAAUCAUGAUAACGAAGCAUUGAUGACUUGGAAAUGACCGUUUUUAUCUUCAUUGAAUCAAACAGGGUGAAGUACUGUUGAUGGACACUUUCUCUGAACUGUUGUGGUUAUGUUCUGUUCCAGCCGCACACGGACUAUAUUAUUCCUGGAAUAGCCGAACCCAUGACAAAUCACUGCAUACGCUUCAGUAGAUGACCUAGAGAU